AUGACAUCGCAAGCGUUCAAUUUGGACUUUGUCAGGGUGCAGCUUGACCCUUAUUUUUACAAUGAGCAGGAUGAAGACGAGUGCAAUGGCAAGGCGCACAACAACGACGAACAGCGCCCGACAUCGAGAAUCGAAGAGAACGGGUGCCACACGGAAAAUCUUCCCUUCAAGGGAUUCAUUUACGAUAUCAUGACCACUGGUUUCUCGAGGCAAAAAAAGCAUGGGAGUACUUGCGACUUGCUGUUCUACCAGGGCGAGCAGUGUACCGCCCCCCUUGUGUGGGCUCUUGAAAACGUGAACCACCCGACAGGCUACUGUCAUAUAAUCCCGGGAUAUACCGCGAGGAGCGUACGGCUGACGUGCCGGCCAAAUUAUCAACCUCCGGCGUGGAAGAAAGAUAUGGUGGAGCCCGCCCUGAAUGUGAAUGAGAUUCCGCUAGAUGGAGGUGAUUGA